AUGACGAUUGCUCUUUUAAUAGCAAGAUCACUAAUUUGGAGCACAGUUGAUAACUGCAAGAGACCAUAUCUUGAGGAUAAGUCCAUGACUCUGAGGUCUGCGAGCCAUGGCCAAAUCGCGUCCCGCUCCGGCCGCCCCCGCCCCGCUCCGGCCGCCCCCGCCCUGCCGCCGGCCGCCUCUGCCCGCCAUGGCCUGGCCGCCCUCGCCCGCCACGCCCCCGCCACGGCCUGGCCGCCUCGUCUCCCGCUCCGGCCGCCCCCGCGACGCCUCGGCCCCGCCCGCCACGCCCCUGCCCCCGCUCGCCACGGCCCGGCCACCCCCGCCCCCGCCCGCCACGGCCAGGCCUCCGCCGCCCUCGCCCUCGCCGCCACGGCCAGGCCUCCGGCCGCCCCGCCCGCCACGGCUCGCUGCUGCUCGUCGCGCCCUCCGGCCUGCUGCUGCUCGUCGCGCCAUGCCAUGCACCGGCCUCCGGCCGCCACGGCCCCGUCACGCGACGCCGCCUCGGCCGCGACCGGCGCGAUGAACAGUUGA